AUGGAGUCCAACUAUCCAUACUCGCAGAAUGCCAACCAACCCCACUCGCAACAAGCCAGAGAUGAACAUCGACCAACACAUUUUCAGAAUGGCCUUUCCGGCCAACAAGCAGGCUUUGGGUUAGGACCAACGCCAGAUACUGAGACCUACGGCUAUCCAGUCUCACAGUACCAUGGCUCCCAUACGCAACAAACGCGCUUCCAGGGUUCCCAAGAACCUCAACACACAGACUUUGCCUUGCAUCAACCUCUGUAUAACCCUGUUACGGGUAUCAUCAACGACCCUUUCCUGUCGGAUACCGAUUUUCAGUACCAGGAAACGGAUUACCGUACACAGUAUACUGGUAUUGGCGCCAACCCUUCUUGGCCGCAUGUCGGCUUUCAAAACCAGCAGACGGGAUCCUAUACACAGUACACUGGCGUGGGCAAUAACCCUCCAUGGCCCCAUGUCGGCCUUCAAGCUGCGCAGCCAGCCUUUGCUUCCCCUCAUCAGGAAGCGGACAUUGGUCACGGGUUUCGAUUCGAACCUUCAACUGUUGCUCUGCAGUAUAAUCAGCAGCAACAAGCGGAUCGCAACUUCCAGCCAUAUCAUCCAGGUGCUGUUGCGUCAGGACAUCACCAACAAGCCGCAGGCUUUGGCGUUCCACAACAAAUACAACCAAGUUGGGAUGGAACACAAGCGCCACAAUGGCAGCCAGGGUAUACGCAACAGCGAGUCACGGUUCCAGCAGUAGACCUUCAGGAUCUGCACCUGUCUCAACUACGGGUUGUAUGUAGGAAUAACGGCAUCCAAUGUCCUAUCGCGUUGGGGACACCCGAGGUCAUCCAGUUGCUUGAGAUGCAUGGAGCUCCACUGAUCGCGGCAUUCGUUUCAGAAAAGACCGAUGCAGCAAGGCCGAUCUUAUUCAAGCGCUCCAAAAUUAUGAUCGAUUCAAGGGAACGGGAUGAUGGAGAGGAUGGCGGACAAGGACUAGGAGGAAAGACAGCUAUGGGUCAGAAAACCAACAGAAAUCCUCCAAACUCGCCCUCAAAUAUGCUUCUAGCUUCUCAGCUGGCAGACACCUCUACAUGGUCUUUCUACAAAGGUCCAUUCAAGGGCAGAGCACACCCUGAGUCCUUGGGGCUGAAGAGAAGCUUUGGUGAGAGACUAUUCGAAGCAGGAUCGUAA